CCCGAUCUCCUCCAUCCGCCUCGACUCCUGCAUUUGCCUUUCGUCCCUGCCAUCCUGGGUCAAACCGCGACGACACUCGCUGCUCCUCCGUCCCCGCCUCCAUCUCCUCCUCCCGAGCCCCCGCAGCCCGAUCGAGAACCCUCCGCCAUCAUGGUUCAACGCACUCACCCCGACUACAUCGUGGAGUCGAAGGAUCACCCCCUUCGAACCAAGGUCGUUUGCACCAUCGGCCCUGCCUCCUCGGACAAGGAAUCCCUGAAGACCCUGAUCAACGCCGGCAUGAAUGUGGCCCGUCUGAACCUGAGCCACUCGACUCACGAGUUUGUCAGCGAGGUGAUCACCAGCAUCCGCGAGUGUCUCCAGGAGUCCAACAGCACUGCUCAAGUCGCCAUCUGGGUCGACACCAACGGCCCCAAAGUUCGAAGUGGCCGCCUCGUCAACUCCCAGCCUGUCUACCUGGAGGUCGGACAAGAGUUCUGGAUCCGCAACGAUGUUGACCUGAUCGGUGACAGCACCCAGGUUGGCUGCUCCUAUACCAAGAAGCACGUCGAGGUUGGCGAGACCCUCUACAUCGACGAUGGAAUCCUGAGCUUCAAGGUUGUCGGACGUACCGACGACUCGCUCAAGACCGUCGUCCUGAACUCUGGCUAUCUUGGUGAGAACAAGGGCAUCAACAUUCCCAAGCGCGUUGUCGAGGAUCUCCCUGCCCUCAGCGAGAAGGACCGCACCGACAUCAACUUUGCUCUCCAGAACAAUGUUGAUUUCAUCUCCGUCUCAUGCAUCCGCUCCGUCGAGGAUGUUGAAGAGGCUCGUAUUCUUCUGGGCAACAGCAAAGUCAAGCUGCUGGCCAAGAUCGAAAACGAGCGCGGUAUGCAGAGCUACAAACAGAUCCUGAACUUUGCCGACGGUAUCGUCAUCGAUCGUGGCUAUCUCGGAUGCGAGGUCGGCAUCGAGAUCGUCACCACGAGCCAGAAGGAAAUGAUUGACUAUGCCAACACCGCCGGCAAGGUCGUGCUCGUGGCCAACCAGAUGCUCGAGUCCAUGCGCACCAGCCCCCGUCCUACCCGAUCCGAAGCUGCCGAUGUGGCCAAUGCCGUCAUCGAUGGCGCCGAUGGAUUGGUUCUGUCCGGCGAAACUGCCGUUGGCGACUACCCCGAGGCGUGCGUCAAGAUCAUGCGCCGCAUUGCCGCUGAGGCCGAGAAGGUCCCCAACUACGCCGAGUAUCAGGUCAAGAUGAUGCGACGCAUCCCCAAGCCCAUCGGCGUUUCCGAAAGUAUUGCCUCGUCUGCGGUUCUGUGCUCGCGUCAGGUCAAUGCGUCUUUGAUCAUCUGCACCACCGAAUACGGUGGCACCGCAAAGCUGGUUGCCAAGUAUCGCCCCGACAUCCCCAUUGUCGCUGCCACGCACAUCGCGGUGACGGCUCGCCAGCUGGGCCUCAGCUUUGGCGUCGUGCCCUUCUACCAUUCUGGAUCACCCGACUCGCUCAUUCCGGAGACUCUGCGCUACGCCGUCGAGAUUGGUCUGUGCCAGCCCGGGCAGAUUGCCGUCAUCACUUCCGGACAGAGCGUCGGUUUCCUCGAGGGCACCACCACUAAAAUGCAGGUUGUCGAGGUUCCCAGCCUCUGAGCAGGAGGCCACCUUCUGAGCAGAAGCCACUUGAGCAGAGGCCACCGCCCUUGCUGACGGCUGCGUGCGAUACUGUCCUGUAUUCCCACCGCACGAACUCAAUACACAGCAGGGCCGUCCCAGGCACCGCUGCUUGGUGGGUCUGCGUCUCUCACCGAGGACCGUCCCUCUCUCA